GUGAAGUUUUAAAAAUUAUCCAUUAUGAAUUAAAAUUGUGCAUAAUCAAAGACGCAUUAUGCAUGAGUUGUAUUGGCUAAACCCGCUUUUAACUCAACUCAUAGUCUUGACUCCUCUUCUCUAAAGUGAAGUCUAAAUAUAAAAAGUAGAUAUCUUUUAUAGAAUUAUAGGAUGUAGUGUAAGUUUUAAUGUAAAGCAAUAGAUGGUGCCAUGUAACUAAAAUCACACUUUUAAAUUCUCGUUAUCGCUCUCGCUUCCUUCGUUCCUUCUCUUUGGUAGUUUGGCUGGUCUUGAGUGUUCCGUCCUUCUUCGUUCACCGGUUCUCCUAUUCUCGUUCACUCACUCAGGCUCGCUAGUCUCGUCGUCAGAUAUCUUUCCUCGAACCACUCUUUCCUCGUCAUUUUAUUUGCUGAUUGCUGGUCCGGCUGUUCGCGUAUGAGUGUGUGUUGUGUUUACCUUUCCCUGCAAAUUUCGCGUCGUUCGGAAUUAUUGUUAUUUUAGACGCGAUGCAAUGUUUUUAGUGGAUUUUUCGCGAUUUUAUGAAUGAAAAGUCAUCGGAAUAACUGACAUUUUGCUGCUAUCGACCAUGGUGGAGCUGGAUUUUAGCUCAAUCGGCACAAUGCCAGAAGAGGGUGUACCUGAUAUGACAAGACUGACGGUCUUAGAUGAGGCAGUUAUCAACAAGAAUUUGGAAGUGCGAUACAAGAAGGACAACAUUUAUACCUACACUGGAUCUAUUCUUGUCGCAGUGAAUCCUUACAAGGACAUUGACAUCUACUCUCAGGAAUACAUAUACAAAUAUCAGGGGCACAAGCUGAGCGAAUUAGAACCACACGUUUUCGCUGUAGCGGAAGCAGCGUACGCAUCCCUACAAAGAUGUUUGCCGACGGUAGACGGAUCUCACAAGAACCAAAGUUUAGUUAUAAGUGGAGAAAGUGGUGCUGGAAAAACGGAAAGUACCCGAUUCAUAUUGCAGUACUUGUGCUCGGUAACUUCGGGAGUAUCUGCUUGGGUCGAGCAACAAAUUUUGGAGGCUAAUACUAUUUUGGAGGCUUUUGGUAACGCCAAAACUGUUCGAAACGACAACUCCAGUAGAUUUGGCAAAUUCAUGCAAGUCUGUUUCGAUUCAAGAUGGAUGAUUGCUGGAUGCAUCGUACAGGAUUAUCUUUUGGAACAAUCGCGAAUUACCUUCCAAGGUCCUGGCGAAAGAAAUUAUCACGUUUUUUAUCAGUUAGUAGAAGAAGCAAAGCACAAUAACGAAAUAGCCAGUCAAUUCCACCUAAAAGAUGCAAAAUUCUACAAUUAUCUAAACAAAUCGCACAGUAUUAAACUUGAUUCGGACGCCAAAGGUUUGGAUAGCUUGCGGUUAGCGUUUCAAGUUCUCCAAGUACCUGCCAAUAUGUGCAAUGGAAUUUUUCAAACGCUUUCUGCUAUUUUGUGGUUGGGAAACUUAUCGUUUGAGGAUGUGGAUGGAGAAAGAUGUCAGUUGACAAAGGAAGAUGAGGUGAUAGUGGAAGUUUUAUCCAAACUACUUGGUUUAGAUUUUGAAAAUAUUAAACAAGUAGUUCUGUUAAGGCAAAUUAACGUUAGGGGCAAUAUUACUGAAAUUCCAUUAACUAAACAACAGGCUGGUGAAAAUCGGCAUGCAAUGGCCAAAGCCUUAUACUCAAGAACAUUUGCUUGGCUUAUCAAUCACAUAAACAAUUGCAUAAACCCAGGACAAGAUUCUUCAAGAUUUUUGGGUGUUCUGGAUAUUUUUGGUUUUGAAAAUUUCGCUGUUAAUUCAUUUGAGCAACUGUGCAUUAAUUACACCAAUGAAAAGUUGCACAAGUUUUUUAAUCACUACGUUUUCGCUUUAGAACAAGAGAUUUAUAAACAAGAAGAAAUCAGUUUUAAUCAUAUUUCAUUUACGGAUAAUACAUUAUGUUUGGAAUUGUUAGAGAAACCACCUAGAUGUAUUUUAAGGCUGUUAAGUGAGCAAUGUCACUUGCCCAGAGGUUGUGAUGCUUUGUAUAUAUCAAAUUUGCAUGCGGAAUUUGAGAGUCACGAGCGAUAUGUUAAAGGUGAUGACCGUAGACGUUGGGAGACUGAAUUUGGCGUGAAACAUUACGCAGGCUGUGUAACAUAUAACGUCAAAGGUUUUGUGGACAAAAAUCGCGACGUGCAACAAGACGUUUUCUUUGAUAUAAUUUCUAGGAGUACCAAUGAAUUUGUACAGGAUUUAUCCACCUUUCAAGACCUAGCACAGAAAGCAUCGACGACCAAUAAUGGCGUUAGUACUGUGUCACGAGGUACUAGUAAAGGAAAGCCAACCGUUUCAGACACAUUUAGGCAUCAAUUACAAGCUCUGGUAGAUGUUUUACAAUCUACAACUCCAUGGUAUGUUCGAUGCAUAAAGCCAAACAAAGACAAACUUCCGAAUGAUUAUGAUGAGGCUUUAGUUUUGGACCAAUUAAAAUAUUUAGGAAUGUUAGAUAUCAUUAGGAUUAGAAAAGAAGGAUUUCCAAUACAUAUGAGCUAUGAGGAUUUCGUGAUAAGAUAUCAUUGUCUUUCCAAAAAUCGUCUUCCACUGGAUGUCCGAAAAGCUUCGUUAUGUCUUAUAGAGAGCUACCAGUUGCCAAAUACAGAAUGGCAACUGGGCAAAACUAAAGUUUUUAUGCGAUCUCACAUUCACGAACCAUUAGAAGAUACCAGAAAUAAAAUGGUCAAAGACAAAACUGUACUUAUACAAAAAACAUGGAGGAAAUACAAAGCUAGAAAAGAUUAUGUUAAGAUCAAAGGUGCUAUUUUGAAAAUACAACAUGCUUAUAAAGGAUGGAAGUUAAGGAUAGAAUUUUUAAAGAAACGACGUGCCGCUAUUGUAAUACAAAGCCAUUUAAGAGGAGUAUUUGCGAGAGAGGUAGCAGCUGCUCUACGCGAAAUGCGUCGAGUUGAAGAGGAAAUGCGUAAACGAGAACGUUUAGAAGAGGAAAGAAAGCAAAGAGAAGCUGAAAAGCUAGCUAAAGAAGCAGAAGCUGCACGAUUAGCCGCGCUUCAAGAAAAAGAAUCUCAAGAAAUGGAAGCUUUACCACCACCCCCUAUACCUACAGCUUUACAAAAUGGAGAUUUGGAAGAAAGUGAAAGAGCUGCCGAACAAGAAAUCGCUGCCUUAUCUCAAAUGGCAGAGCAACUGAAACCCCACUUUAAUGAAAGUGCCACUGAUUCAGUGGAUUUAGACAAUUUAUUUGCAUUUUUAUCUGACGUGGCCCCCCAAAGCAACGGCCGAGUCAAUAUCAUAGAUGAAAUUGGUGAAAAAAUGAAUGAAUUAGUCGAAGAUUUAGAUGUGGAAUUGGAAACUGUGAUACAACAAGAACUAGAAGGUCUCGCUCAAGAACAACAAACGCCUGUUUUAACUAAAAUGGGUCUCCCAAGUUUGCCAGAACCCACAGGCCCUCCACCUCCCCCACCACCUCCAGCGUUUCAAUCGUCACCAGAGACUCCAGUUGCGCCACCCCCUAUCGAUCCACCAAAAGAAAAACGGAAAACCCAAGAUGAACCAAUAUAUGAGUCAGUUUUGCCACGAGAAGAAUCUAUGUUGCCGAUUUGCGUAUCUCCACCUCCUUUACCAGCACCUCCUAAACUAGAGAGUCCUAGACCUACGCCUACGGUUUCAAGAUCAAGCAGCUCGUUGUCUCAACACUGGAAACAUAACAAUCAUGAAGUACCUGCACAGCCUCAACUACACCAUAACAAUCUACAAAACAAUCAGCAAAUUGAGAAGCUACAUCAAGUGGCCAACACUGAACGGGAACAAAGAAGAAAGUUUAGAGUGGAAAAGAAGUUGCAAGAAUUGAACGAGAAUAAUGAAAAGGAACAUAAUGCUAAUGAUGAGUUGCAUUAUGAUAUGGUGGAAUUUGCAAAUCAGCAUUUUAAUGCCCAUGAAAGGAGCCCAGAAGGCACAAUUAUGGCAACAUUAACCAGAAAACGUCCAAGCUCAGAAAUGAUACCAAAAUACGAAAUGGUCACUUACUAUAAGGGCAACACAAUACCAAAUUCGCACAUGCAUUUAUAUGACCCGGAUAAUGUUAAUGUUGCUUGCACAAUAUUUAGGGAUUUAUGUAAAUACAUAAGGGCUGAACUCAACUCUGACAGAGAAUUGUCUGUAAUUCAAUCGAUAAUUGGAUUUGCUUUAGAAAGAGAAGAACUGCGAGAUGAGGUCUUUGUACAAUGUAUUCGACAGGCUACAAACAAUCCAAAUUCUGAAGCAACCGAAAAAGUGUGGCUAUUGCUUUGCUUGUGUAUAGUCUCAUUUCAACCCUCUAAAUUAUUGUAUAGAUACUUCUUGUCUUUUUUGAAGAAAAAUAUUUCGCAGGAAGGUAAAGUUGCUCAAUACGUCCAAUGGUGCUUGGAUAAUUGCAAUAACACUAAAGUGACUGUAAGGGAACAUCCGCCAUCUUCUGUUGAAGUGGCAGCUAUGAAAAGACUAGGCACAAUAGUAUGUCGUUUCUUUUUCCUCGACGGUCGUACCAAAGCAAUAGACGUCCAUCCAACGGACACAGCUCAAGAUGCGGCCAAAAAAUUAGCCGAACGUCUAGGCUUGAGACACUUGGAAGGUUGGGCCAUAUAUCAAAGCAGGCCUGACGGUGAAGAACAUGUCCGAGCGCAUCAUUAUUUAUAUGAUAUUAUUGCACAAUGGGAACAAAAUCAAAAUAAACUAACUCCCCCUAGUGGGCUGGCAACUUUAGGAAGAAGAAGCGCCCAAGGUCUCAGUGGAGGUGAAAAUAGGUUUAUAUUUAAAAGGAGACUUUUCAAGGCUACUCGGGUACUCAGCCAAGAUCCUGUUGAAGUUAAUUUGUUAUAUGCUCAAGCGGUUCAUAGUGUAGUUAAGAGAGAUGAUUUCCCAGUAACAGAAAAAGUAGCCUUGCAAUUGGCAGGCCUACAAGCACAAGUUGCAUUGGGAAAUCCAAAAGACAACAAUAAAUUGGAAUAUUACACUGACUUGGAUACUUAUUUACCCUAUCGCAUAUCAAAGACUCGUGGGGAUGAUGUUUGGGUCCCUAUUAUUGCUCAAGCUCACCGUCAAUAUGGAGCAAACCGUUUGGAAUUGACUGCAAAAGCUCUUUAUCUCACUUGUGUCAUGCAAUAUCCUUUAUAUGGUACCACAAUGUUUCCUGUAACAUACAGAGGUUAUUGGUCUUAUGGCAAUGCCUUAACUUUAGGCGUGAAUUGCGACGGACUAAUGUUAAUUAAAAACGAUGAUAAGUUCGUCUUGAACGAAUUCAGAUAUCAGGAUAUUGAAAGUAUAUUAUUGGAUCCAAGUGAUAGUUUCAUAACUAUAACGCUUCAAAGAUCUGUAGGAGAAAAUAAUCAUAAGUGCUAUGUUUUUGAGACUAAACAGAAAAAUGAAAUUGGAUCGUUAAUUGCUAGUUAUUAUCCUGCUCUGGCUGGUUGGAUGACUGAAAGUGAAACGCCUCAGAAGAGAAUUAAGAGUAUAACCAACGAAGAUCGUGUCAGGCUUUACCACAAUUUAGUCAACUGUAGACGAGCGCUGGUUGAUCAUGAUAUUUUACGUAAACCCACAGAUUCUUCUGGAAGUUUUCUGAGAAAUACUUUACGAAGGCUCAGCAAACAUAAAUUAGACAAAUUAAGACAGGAGCAUGGAGGUGAUACAAGCGAAACGUACAAAGGCUUCCACCACGCUUUCUGGGCCUUCAGUAAACAACCUCUCCUACAAAGUGUCAGCAAAAUACCUGAAGCAGAAGAACAAAUAAUGUUGCAAGUUUUCCAAAUAAUUUUAACUUAUGCCGGACUUGGGCAAAAUGGUGAAGUAAUUCGAAGAGUUGAAGACGAGCAUGUUUCUCUUCUUCAAACCAUUUUGGAAAGGUGCAUGCGUAAAGAAUCGUUACUAUGCGAAUUGUAUUUGCAGCUGAUUAAACAAACUACAGAUCAUCCUGAUCCAAAUUCGAGGGUUAAUCUACGACAUUGGGCGUUGUUGUCCUUGUCCUGUUCCGUUGUAUUACCGCCGAAUAAAAUUAUUCGGAGGUAUUUGAUUGCACAUCUGAAAAGAUGCGGUUCUGAUUAUGUAACAGAAGAAGGAAAAUACGCCCGAUUUGCAGAGAAAUGCCUCCUCAAAACUCAGAGCACGAGACGGCGCCAAUGGCCUCCUUCGCGUGAAGAAAUCCUUUGCACCAUAAACAGAAGACCAGUAUAUGCAAGAUUCCAUUUUAUGGACGGCCAGUACCAUAGUGUCGAAUUUAAUCCAUCGGCCACGGCUAAGGAUGUACUGGAAGUUGUCAGGGAUAAAAUUGGACUCAGUCCGGAAGCUAAAGGUUAUGCAAUAUAUGAAGUGCUAGGCAAUUCGGAACGUAGUUUAUCGUCUGAAGAAAAAGUCGCGGACGUAAUGGCAAAAUGGGAACGAUAUAGAGCAGCUAGUACAUCAAAUCAAACUAACAAUACUGGAACUGCGAAAAAAGUGCGACCUCAACAUCAUUUCUUCUUGUUCAAAAAACAUCUGUUUAUGGAUAAUUACAUAAAUUUGAACGAUCCAGUGGAGAAAGAAUUGCUCUACCAUCAAGUUCUACAUGAUUUGAGAACUGAUAGAUUUCCUAUAACGGAAAAAGAAGCUAUGAUGCUAACAGCUCUCCAAGCUCAACUAGAAUUAGGCGAUAUUGACGAAACGAUUCAUGACUAUCGGCCCAUUGCCUGUCAUUGUUUACCAGCUAGGAUGGUACCAACGGUACCACAAGAGGGCGUUCAGAUGCAUCAUCAAAGCUUACGAGGAAUGACUGCUUCUGAAGCAAAACAGGCAUUUUUAAAUUUGAUACAGAGCUGGCCAUUACAUAAGGCGACUAUUUUUGAUGUCAUGCAAUCUUUUACUUCAAAUUGGCCUAGAGUUCUCUGGCUAGCCGUCGAUCAAAAGGGGCUUCAUCUACUGGAACACCGAUCAAGAAAUACGCUUUGCACUUACGACUACAAUAGCAUAUUGUCAUAUUCUCCUGCACUGCAAUGUUUGAUGAUUAUAACUGGUAGUGAUCAUAAGCAGAGCAAAGUGAUUUUGACCACUGCCCAAGCGUUUCAGAUUGCCACUCUGAUUAGAGAAUAUAUGGAAGUUUUACAUGAGAAUAUGGUCGAAAUGCGAAAAGUGGAACAAACCCGCAGCAGACCGGUGAGUGCAUUGCACCUGCACGCCCCUUUGGUACCGCCUCAGCCCAGCUAGAAGAGGGUUACUUUCGCAGAUGACGUCAUUAAACCUAACUGCUACAAGUAAGUGGUUCCAAGGUAUCUAAUGGCAAAUAAUGCUUGGUAAAUUUUACAAAUCAAAUAGAAAUAAAUUGGCCAGUUUUAAAAAAUUUUGAUAUAAAAUUUAAAAAAAAAUAUAAUAAAUAAAAAAAUUAAUUAAUUAAUCAUUUUCCAAUUUGAGUGAUAAUUAUGAUAUACUGCCAUUUUCAAUUGUUUUAAUAGUAUGUAUUCCACUGCCAUAAGACUUCAAUAACUGCCAGACUGUGCUUUUAAAACGUAUCUACCUAAUAUGGGAAUUGCUUUGAUAUACCUAACAACCUUCAAAGACUAGUAGUUCAAAUUUAACUCAUGCUCUCAAUAAAAGGAAAAUUAUCUACAUUCAUUAUGUGACUUUUUUUAUAUUUAUAAUGAAUCUAAAAAAAAAAAAUUGAAAAUAAACUAACAAAAACAUCAAACCUACUGCUUUGGUUGAAGGAAAAACCUUUUUAAUUAAUUCUUUUGGGUGCAAUAAAACCUAGAUAUUUACCAAGCAUUUUUUGUGGUCAUCUGCGAAAUGCAUUAGUUUUAGAAGGCUGAGAAAUACACCAAAAAAAAUAUUUAGCUCGAAUUUAAUUGGAUCUCUAAUGCCUACAUUUUAGUAAAUCAAAGGAUAGGUUAACAUAAUAGCAUAAGGCUUUUUCCGAAAGUAAUAGCUUUGUUCUAACCCAGCAGGGGGCCUUAUAUUUCACUGUCAAGAUUCUGCGCGAAACGUAAAAUUUGUUCGUAGAAUCCGAAAUUCGUAUACAGAGUGGUUCCGAAACCGUUCUUGGAGAUGGUUUUUUGGCGGGUUGGAGCAAACCUAAUAUAUCUGUUUUAACCAAAUUAAAGUUUGAUGAAUUGAAAUAGCAACAGCAUUACCAAAUGUUGAAUAAUAUACGUUUUAAAUUAAUUGUACUACCUACUAGUUAAAAAUGAAAAUAGAUAUUUUGGAAACCAUUGGUAGAUUGGUACAAUAAUUUAUAAUUUUGGUCAAUGUGAUAUACCUUACACAAUGCUGCUUAACGGUCUUUUGCAAGCACAAAAGCCUGGAAAGUGACUGAGUUAACUUUCAAGAGACAAGUGACUUAAUGGCCAUUUUCACCAACUAUUUUAGGGGAGCCUUAAGGAUAAGUAUGCCCUAAACUGACAUUUCUCCAU